AAGGGGAGAGGGGGGGCAGGAAUAGGCUGGCGUCUCCGGUUCUCUCUCCGCAUGAGCUGGGGAAGAACAGCUCAAGAGCCAAUUAAAUUACCAACAAAGAAGUGAGUCAAAUCCAAGCGAACACUCAACACUCUUUGAAUUUCAACUGCCCAUCUCAUGAUUUCCUCUGAUUUUAAGACACAAAGCGGAGACAGCUAGAGGGAGAAAGAAAAAGCACAGAGAAGGGAGGAGAGAGAAGGGCUUCUUCUUCCUAGUUCUCAUGUGUCUCACUUGUGCUGUCCUGUGUCUUCCUUGUGAGAUUCAGCAGAGAGAUCUUCUGACAGUCAGGUGCACAAGAAACGAAGUAAGCCCUGCAUAUUUUGGCCUAUAAAGUGAAGAUGAGGGUGGCACACGCUGUGGGGAUGCUCAUAUGGGUGUCUGUGGUUCUGGCUCUGGUGAUUCAUGGCUGCAACAUGGUGAAGAGAAGUAGAACCAGGCACAGCCUCCUCUCCCCCACUCUCCUCCACAGAAAGAUGCUGCAGAGCACCAAUUUCACUUCCAUGGAAGCGAUUGCGCGGGCAGGACUGAGGAAGAGGACGCGUUCGAAGCAGACAAUGAGUGCAAGGUCGAUAGCUAGAGGGGAUGCCGUCGACGAUCCGGUCGGAGAUGAGAUCGAUCCGAGAUACGGCGUCGAGAAGCGGCUUGUUCCGACGGGACCGAAUCCAUUGCACCACUGAAGGACCAACUGCCAUUAACGAAGGAUCAAGUGCUGAAGUUCAGAGAAUUGGACUUUGCAACCUGAAUUCUGCAAGCUCCAAGCCUCGUAGACCAGGAUCACGGGCUCAAAUUGAAGCAGAGGAGCAGCAGAAGGCGAAGGAGGAGGAUUUCGAAAUGGAAGAAGUUGGACGGCAUGGCCGACCUCCAGAACAUGUAUGUCUUACCAUCAUAUGAAUUUGUAUACAUUUUUUUUCCUUCAUAUUUAAAGCAUAUGGGCAUGAGCAACCAUCUUCUGUAAAAUCAUCGAAAUCUUGCUGAAAUUUUCAUCGGGUUUCAAUAACCUCGCCGUAUUUUGGGAACCAAAACGAAGGAAAAGAAAGAAAAAAAAAAAAAAGAUCAGAAAUUUCUUCU